AUGAUCCAGUCUCAACGAGUGUCUUACCCAACUUAUGAAAAUCAAUAUAGUCCAAAACGCCAAAUACCCAAUCAACAUCAUCCUCGGUCACAAUCGCCACCACCCAAAAGACGCUCGAACCGAGCCAAACCGCUCUCGAACGAUGAUAUACCUUUAGCAUUUCUAGCAUACAAGAGCAACCGACCGAUGUCCUUGACAUUAAGUCCUGCUCCAAGGCCUACUACAAUUACUACCAGCACUAGUACUGGAUUUAAUUCCCCUCCAAGGAAUGUUCCCUAUAGACCUACCCUAAGUCCUCCUCUUCGACCAGCUGACCGCCCUCGUCUCACACCUUCUGGGCACACUUACAAUGAACGACCCUCACGCAGACCAGUUUCAUUUGCCUACAAUCCAAACCACACUCCGACCAAUAGUUUCUCGACUCCACGCCAGGCACCACAACCACCACCACCACCAUCAUCAUCAUCACCACCGCAGCCGUCCCAACCAAAACGAUCCUUGACCGCACCCAACACACCACUUGUUCCCUCACCCAGUCAAUCAACAAACAAGAAAAGGACCUCAUUGGAAAAGGCAAAGAGUUGGCUUUCUUCACGCCGACAAGCCAUAAAGUUACCCUUUUAA